ACCAACUGCUUCCUCUCGCGGCCACAAAGACUAACUGCAACUUAACGUGCCUGAAAGUUAACGUAAACCCCUUAAAGACAUCGUUGGGCGUUACAAUGACCUCAAAACAAGUACAAACGUUACAUUUAGUUUGAAUUAAACACAAUAAUUGAACAGCAGGAGACGUUAACUUUGUAUAGUAGUAGAUACAUCAUGUGAAAUUAUACUGAAAGCGUAUACUUUUCCACAAACAGGAGGAAACUUUCUCCCCAGUAUUUCCAUAGUCCCUCCUCUUCUCCUUCUCGGGGUUUCUUGGAACCAUGGCGCUGCUGCAGGCUGAUCAUCUCACUGUAUACGUGGCGUUUCAUUUUGUUUUAAUAACAUUACUUAGUUUCACCUCAGCGACCCCGGGUAGAGGCAGCGCUAAUGUGUUGUCCCUGCCGCAGCCGUACGACUUCUUGUAUUACACCGGGGUACGGUCGUAUUUCGGUGAGGAGUGGGUGAAGGCAGCGGAGCUUCUGGAGAAAGCCAUCCUGACCAAGGAGUCCCUUUCCCGGGUACGCAGGCAGUGUCAUGAGGAGUGUGUGGAGGCAGGGAGAGAAGCGUUCAACAGACUGGACUCUGAGAAGGGGAGUCUGCAUGAUCUGUGGACCUUGGACUGGGUUCAGCAGAGAGCUGAAUGUCUGCGGUUCUGUGUCGGACGCUCGGUCUCACCUGCAGCACAACUUCCUGUUUCUACCGACAUAGAUUAUGAAUUUGGAUCUCGUAACCCCUACAACUUCCUGCAGGUCACUUACUACAAGUUGGAAAAGUUGCAGAAGGCGGCGUCUGCAGCUCAUACCUAUUUUGUGGCAAACCCCAGUCACUUGGAGAUGAGGAACAACAUAGAGAAGUACAGACGGAUGGAGGGAGUGAUGGAGGAGGCCUUCCAGGACAGAGAGCUGGAGAAUGAGAAUCAUUGGGUCCUGUAUGAUUCUGCAGUUCAGUACGAGGCCUCCUCUGACUGGCUGAAAGCUGCAGAGAAAUGGAAAGAGUGUGUGAAUGAAACACUGCGGCAGACAGACGAGUGCCGGCUGCAGUGUGAGAUGGCCUCCCAACGGCUGCCAGAGGACAGGGGGGUGGACGGUAGUAAGAGCGUUUAUGAGCAGGCUGCAGAUCUUUCCCUCUCCCUGCUCUCGUGCCGGCAGUCCUGUGUGACUCAGGUCGCCACGAGACCCGGGAGGAUUUCUUCUCAGGAGGACUUCCUGCCCACACAGCUGGAGCAUCGGCACAUCGCACAGUUUAAAGCUGGUGAUGUUGGUGGAGCCGUGCAGACGCUGCGCUCUCUGCUCCUCUUCUACCCCUCCGACCAUGACUCCUUAGACAACCUGCAGCUCUACUCUGAGACACUAGGAGGAGACACAGUGUCACAGGGCACUCAGCCUGCUCAGGAGAUUGUCGGAUACAUUAAUCGUGCUUUAGAUGAGAAGAAGCUUCUGUAUUUCGGCAUGGAGAACCUUGACUUCAGUUUCACAGAUCCAGACCUUUGGACUCCGGAAGAUGUAGUGCCUGAAUCACUGAGGGAUAACUGGAGAGCUGUAAAAGAGAAAAUAAAUAUGAAAAUGGAAGAGGGAGAGAAGAAGGAGGAAGUGGAUGACAGUGGAUUUUAUGCAGGGGGUCCGGUUCCUCAGGUGGGCGUGACCAUCGCCAUGGACGACACGGUUUUAAACGGGACGAAUCGCGUAGUUCUGGACGACGUCAUGACUGAGAAGGAGUGUGAAAAGAUACUGCAGCUAGCAACAGCUGCAACAUCUGCCGGAGAUGGUUACCGGGGGCGACGAUCUCCGCACACGCCUCACGAGACGUUCGAGGGUCUGACCGUCCUCAGGGCUGUGAAGUUGGCUCAGGAUGAUAUGGUGAACCAAACAGACGCCCGGCUGUUUUACGAGCUGGGAGAGAGAGUGAAGGUCCUGCUGCACUCGUACUUCAGGAGCCCCUCCAUCCUCUACACCUCCUUCACACACCUGGUCUGCCGCAGCGCUAUCGCAGGUGAUCAGGAGGGCAGGCUGGACUUGUCUCAUCCUGUCCACGUCGACAACUGUCUGCUUGAGCCGGAGACCAAUCAGUGCUGGAGAGAACCGCCAGCAUUCAUACACAGAGACCUCAGUGCCCUUCUCUACCUGAAUGACAACUUUGAUGGAGGAGACUUGUUCUUCACUAACAGGGACGCAAAGAGAGUAACAGCUCGAGUGAAGCCCAGCUGUGGGCGACUGGUGGGCUUCUCCUCGGGUCCCGUAAACCCUCACGGUGUUUCAGCGGUGACCCGCGGCCGGCGGUGUGCACUGGCGCUGUGGUUCACCAAAGAGAAGCUGUACAGAGACAUGGAGCGAGAGGAGGCCGCGGCCAUGUGGGCUGCAGGUGGACAGAGUGUGAUGAAAAAUGAGGAAGAGGAGAAGGAGAGCGGCGCCUCGCCCGCGAGGAACGCUCGCAACCAGGCCUCGCGUCAAGGGAGAGGAAGAGUGACGGGGGCGAGAGACGAGCUGUGAGAGGCACAACAAACCACAGACUGACCCUCAGACACUGAAACACACUUUCAUUUCUGCAUCCACUUCAAUAGACCAGCCCACCAGCCCAUCACACCAUCCAUCACUUCAAGUUUCAAGGCUUUUAUUGUCAUGUGUGCAUAGCUACAGUGUAGUUAUGACAUGACAAUCUUAGGUCACAGGCUCCUCCAACAGUGCAACACAAUAACACAGAUAAUAGUGCAAGUAAAUACAAUAAAAUCAACUCCAUAUUACUAACAGAUACAUUUCUUAAAAUAGUGCAAGUUAUACUAUAGAAUACAAAGUGCAAGGAGAGUCUAUAUACAAGUAAUUGGAAUAUGAUAUAUUAGAUAAAUAAUUUGUAAGUUGCGAACAGAUGAAUGUUAUGGAUGUUCUUUCUUUCAUCACGAGAUUUUAAAGAUUUGAGUCAUUUGAUUUAUCCUGCUGCCCUUUUAUGUAAAGCUGCUUGUCUGCUGUAUGUAUACUGUCUGUGUUGAAGGUUUGUGAAGGAAACACAACGCUCUCCUCCCUCUCAUGUCCAUCUGUACUUUGGUUUCAGCAGCUUUACUCACCAAGAUCACUCCCUUUUCAAAAUGACGAGAAUAAAAGAAAAGUAAAUAUGACUCUAUACUGAUGUCGCUACUACUAUCCACCAUAUUACUAACAUAUAACUAACUUAAUAAAUAUCAACUCAUUAUGAAUGGGUAAUCAAAAACCUUAACUUGGUUUGAUCGAAUAAAAAAUGAUGAUUCAGGUUUCAGGAGCCCAGACACACUCACAACUAUAAAUGAACCAAAAACAAAUAAAUAAACAAGUUUAAAUGUU